ACAGUUUAAGCCGUAGUAGGUCAUGUAAACUAAGUCCGUAGCUAACUAGUUCCAGUGAGUUAGAAAGCAAGGUGCCAGAUACUUCAGACGACUGCUAUCCAUCGCCACCGCUACAAGACUAUUGUCUGCCCACCCGGCUUACUGAUCCUUUCAAUGGCUGCUGCAAACAAACGUACGCUAUCGGGCAUCGGAGAUGUGAGAGACAGAAAAGCAAAGGUUAUUAAAGACAGCGGUGAGAAGAGACACAUCGCAGCCCUGAUCCUGGCGAGGGGAGGCAGUAAGGGGAUCCCCCUGAAGAAUAUCAAAAUGCUCGCCGGUGUCCCCCUCAUCGGAUGGGUUCUGAGAGCUGCAGUGGACUCCAAACAGUUUGACAGUGUGUGGGUAUCAACUGACCAUGAUGACAUUGAGAAGGUAGCCAAGGCAUGGGGAGCUCAGGUUCACCGCAGGAGCCCAGAGGUGUCCAAAGACUCCUCCAGCUCUCUUGACACCAUCCAGGAAUUCGCCAGAUUAAACCCAGAGGUGGAGGUGAUCUGUCACAUCCAGGCCACGUCUCCCUGCCUGCACCCCUUCCACCUGAAGGAGGCCCUGGAGAUGAUCACCAAGCAGGGCUUCACGUCCGUCUUCUCCGUGGUCCGACGACACCACUUCCGCUGGCAGGAGGUGAAGAAAGGAGGUAGUGUCGCCACCCAGCCUCUGAACUUAGACCCGUGUAACAGGCCCCGGAGACAGGACUGGGAUGGAGAGCUGUGUGAGAACGGAUCUUUCUACAUUUAUACCAGAGCGACGAUAGAGAGAGGCCUGCAGGGGGGGAAGUGGGCUUACUAUGAGAUGCUACCAGAGUACAGUGUGGAUAUUGAUGUGGACAUCGACUGGCCCGUGGCAGAACAGAGAGUACUGAGGUUUGGUUACUUUGGCCUGGACAAGCCUGAGGUGGUGCGUCUGCUGCUGUGUAACGUCUCCGGCUGUCUGACUGACGGCCGCGUCCUCAUCUCUGUCUCUGGAGAGGAGAUGGUCUCAGUCAACACCAGAGAUACUAUGGGUAUCCGCAUGCUGCAGAGAGAGGGAGUGGAGGUGAUCCUGAUCUCAUCCAGUGAGGACCCUGUGACCAAGGCCCUGGCUGACAAUCUAUCCCAGAGGACAGGCUGCGAGGUCAGGCAGCUGGGCAAGGACAUCCAGGGUGAGGUCACAGCCAUGAUGGACGACAAGGAUCUGGACUGGAAGGAGGUCGCCUAUAUGGGUAAACUCACUGUUCUUUUCAUUUAA